CUGUUGCGAAGACAGACAUGAAGAAUCUAAGGGUACAGCGUAAAUGAAUCGUCGCCCAAAUCGCUCAAGCUGAAUGAGCCUCGAGGUUGAGAGAAGCACACAGGACCAUGUUCAUAAGCUGAGAUGAGAGCGCUCACUGGCUCACGAUGCGUGUUUACUGCCGCAUGGUAUACUGGCGACGGAUCGUAGCCGCCGUCGUCAUAUCCCUUACGUGCGCGGUCUGCCUGCCGUUCUUCUCGACUUCUAUCCUGUAUAGGAACGGCUCCGUUUCCAACCAAACCCAAUCUUUGGGUCGCUUGACGGAGAAGGAGAAGUAUGACCUGUCCGUUCGAGUGGAGCUCCGGGACCUGGAGAAGAACCGAACGAGUAUCCUGCGGGAGACGGACGCUCUCCAACAAGAACGGGACAACCUGAGCGAGAACCUCAAGUGUCAGCAACGGGAUCUCAAUCGCGUCGUUCUGUCACUGGCUGAAGCUUCGAAGACCCUUGAAGAGUUCCGGUCGAUAGCCCCCCCAAUUCUACGAAUACCGUUCUCCAAUGAAGGACGAUCAUUGAAGAAGCGGACGAAUCUCACGUCCCGUAUAAAAUCGUGUUCAUACGAUCGAUGUUUCGACUAUUCAAGAUGCCCUCUGAAGAGAGUUUUCCAGGCUUAUUUCUAUCCGAUCAGGGAGUCGAAUCUACCAGGGGUAUCGGAUGCCCUGCGCAAGGAACUAGCGAAAACUUUAGCGUCGAACGUUCAGUCGACGUCAAAUCCCGAGACAGCGUGUAUAUUUGUAUAUUUCGUUUCGGCUCAACAACAGCGAGACGCGGAUAUCACGUCCCUGCCAUUCUGGAACGGCGACGGAGCUAAUCAUGUGAUUGUGGUUCUGGAUAAUUGUUGGAAAGAAAACUGCGUCUCCGAGCUGCACGAAGCCCCAGGCAGAGCGAUCCUCGCAAGACAGUCCUUCGGAGCAAACAAGCUGCGUAAAGGCUUCGACAUCGUAUUGCCUGUGACUCCUUUUCUCAAUCCGCAGAGACUCCAACUGGAUCCUCCAGCGCUGCCGUCUCUGCUGCCAGCCCGCCGGAAAUUCCUUCUGAGCUUCUCGGGCUCUUACCUGGAGCCGUCCGAGGACGAAAGCUCCGCGAAAAUCUCACAAGCCUCUCUGUCGGACAAAUACAUCGCGGGACUGCUGAGUCAGAUCAGCGUGAGUGACGACCUCGCAGCCAUCAAAACCAAUUGUAUCGAUGAGAACGACACCAACUUCGCCGACGGACUCCUUGGCCAAUGGAUAGAAUGCGACGGAGUCGCAGGGGAGCAAUUGGCGGACUCGACCUUCGCUCUGCUCAUAGCACCAACACGUGACUACUAUGCCAGCUCCGACGUCUUCACUCGGAGACUCAUGAAAAUUAUGCGUCACGGCGCCAUACCCGUAAUUCUAGGCGAUUAUAUCGGACUUCCAUUCGAUGAUCUCGUGCACUGGGAGAAAGCCGCCGUCAUUCUGGCCAAGGCGCACGCUUCCGAGCUCCAAUUCGUGUUGAAAUCCUAUUCUGAUGCGGAUAUUGUCGCCUUGAGGAGACAAGGCCGCAGACUUUAUGAGAGAUACUUGGCUUCGCCUGAAGCGUUUGUAGAAACUCUGCUCAGUACAGUCAGGCACAAGAUUUCGAUGCCGGCGCCGCCUCUCGCGGAUCAGAGGAGCGACCUCGUCCACGAUCUGAAAUUUGGACCAGUCAUUCAGCAGUAUUCUGCGGAAACAGAUGAAAUGCUCGGACCUCUCGCCACGCCGUACCCUUCCGUUGCCUACCAGAGGAAUUUUUCGCUGACCAUAAACUUCCUUGAGGAUUCCUUCAACGAAAACUUUAAUCCUCAUCGCUUGAGCCCAUGGCGACCCGAUGAUCCGAUUCUGCCGAGCGAUGCCAAAUUCAAUGGCAGCAGUUUUGGUUUCCGACCUAUCGGUGGGGGUCUCGGAGGAUCAGGGAAAGAGUUUUCGGAAGCUCUCGGGGGCAAUAGUCCUCGGGAGCAAUUCACAGCUGUCAUACUCACCUACGAGCGACAGCAAGUUCUUUUGGAAGGUGUCGCCACCCUCAAAGGAAUGCCAUAUCUCAACAAGGUCCUAGUCGUUUGGAAUGGACCGGAGUCUCCAGGUCCGGAAACGCUGAUUUGGCCCGACAUCGGCGUUCCGAUUCAGGUGAUAAAAGCUCCGAGGAAUUCCUUGAACAAUCGCUUCAUCCCUUGGAAUGCAAUAGAGACGGAAGCGAUACUAUCUCUGGAUGACGAUGCUCGACUCAGACAUGACGAGCUUGUUUUCGCGUUUCGUGUGUGGAGGGAGAAUCGUGACAGGAUUGUGGGUUUCCCUGGACGAUUCCAUGCAUUCGAUCCCGUUCACAAGAUGUGGAAUUACAAUUCCAAUCAUAGCUGUGAACUGUCAAUGGUACUCACGGGGGCAGCCUUCUUCCACAAGUACUACAUGUACGAGUAUACACAUCACAUGUAUCCGCAAAUACGCGAGACCGUCGACGAGUUGAUGAAUUGCGAAGACAUCGCACUCAACUUCCUCGUCUCCCAUCUGACGAGGAAACCGCCCAUAAAGGUGACCUCCAAAUGGACCUUCCGCUGCCCUGGAUGCCCCAUAGCGCUCUCGGAACACGACUCUCACUUCUUGGAGCGGCACGAUUGUAUAAACAAAUUCACGCAAUUGUAUGGAUACAAUCCUCUGCUGUACACGCAGCUGAGAGCUGAUUCGGUUCUGUUCAAGACGAGAGUCCCUCAAGACAAGCAGAAGUGCUUUAAAUACGUGUGAAGCUCCAGCCUCCGUCUUUCUCUCGUCGACAAGAUGAGGCUCACAGAAGAUCUCAAUUUUCCGAAACGACCUCAGCCUGGUCACACGGAACGAAGA